UAUUUCAGGAUGAGGACAGAGAAAACAAACGACUUGCAAGACGUCAAGUAGCGGGGUCUUUCCUUAAGCCCGCGCUUCCUGACUUCAGGUCCGGUGCUCCUUUCAUUACCCACACCGCUGCGGGCUGGGAAGCGCGGAGCCCCCCGCGUGCCGAGGUUCGCAGGGUCUGCCAGGGAAGUGAGGAAGUUUACUGGAGUAAAAUGGAGGCCUCAGUAAUAUUACCCAUCCUGAAGAAAAAACUUGCGUUCCUUUCAGGAGGAAAGGACAGACGGAGUGGCCUCAUUCUGACAAUUCCAUUAUGCCUGGAACAGACAAAUAUGGAUGAGCUGAGUGUUACCUUAGACUACCUACUCAGCAUUCCAAGUGAAAAGUGUAAGGCUAGAGGAUUUACCGUGAUUGUGGAUGGCAGAAAAUCACAGUGGAAUGUGGUGAAAACAGUAGUCUUAAUGCUACAGAAUGUUGUUCCAGCUGAGGUGUCCCUUGUUUGUGUAGUGAAGCCUGAUGAAUUCUGGGAUAAGAAAGUCACACAUUUUUGUUUUUGGAAAGAAAAGGAUAGACUUGGCUUUGAGGUUAUUUUAGUGUCUGCCAAUAAAUUGACUCGUUACAUAGAACCAUGCCAGUUAACAGAAGAUUUUGGUGGGAGUCUCACCUAUGAUCACAUGGACUGGUUAAAUAAGAGACUGGUUUUUGAGAAGUUUACAAAAGAAUCUACAUCAUUACUGGAUGAACUUGCUUUGAUUAACAAUGGAAGUGAUAAAGGCAAUCAGCAAGAGAAAGAAAGGUCUGUGGAUUUAAACUUUCUUCCAUCAGUUGAUCCUGAAACAGUUCUUCAGACAGGGCAUGAAUUGUUGUCCGAAUUACAGCAGCGUCGAUUUAAUGGCUCAGAUGGAGGGGUCUCAUGGUCUCCUAUGGAUGAUGAACUACUGGCCCAGCCACAGGUCAUGAAAUUAUUAGAUUCACUGCGAGAACAGUAUACUCGCUACCAGGAAGUUUGUAGGCAACGUAGUAAGCGUACACAGUUAGAGGAGAUUCAGCAGAAGGUGAUGCAGGUUGUGAACUGGCUUGAAGGGCCUGGAUCAGAACAGCUACGAGCCCAGUGGGGGAUUGGAGACUCCAUCCGGGCCUCCCAGGCCCUACAGCAGAAACAUGAAGAGAUUGAGAGCCAGCACAGUGAAUGGUUUGCAGUGUAUGUGGAACUUAACCAGCAAAUUGCAGCGCUCUUAAAUGCUGGGGAUGAGGAAGAUCUUGUAGAACUGAAGUCACUGCAGCAACAACUUAGUGAUGUUUGCUAUCGACAGGCCAGUCAGCUGGAAUUUAGGCAGAAUCUCUUACAAGCAGCUCUUGAAUUUCAUGGUGUUGCCCAAGAUUUGUCUCAGCAGUUGGAUGGCUUAUUAGGGAUGUUGUGCGUAGAUGUAGCACCAGCUGAUGGAGCAUCGAUUCAGCAGACUUUAAAACUGCUUGAAGAGAAGCUGAAAAGUGUUGAUGUAGGAUUACAAGGUUUGCGUGAAAAAGGUCAAGGACUUCUGGAUCAGAUCUCCAAUCAGGCAUCCUGGGCCUAUGGAAAGGAUGUAACCAUUGAAAAUAAAGAAAAUGUGGACCACAUACAAGGAGUGAUGGAAGAUAUGCAGCUUAGGAAACAAAGAUGUGAAGACAUGGUAGAUGUGCGAAGGUUAAAGAUGCUUCAGAUGGUACAGUUGUUUAAAUGUGAAGAAGAUGCUGCCCAGGCAGUAGAAUGGCUAAGUGAACUUCUGGAUGCCCUGCUUAAGACCCACAUCAGAUUGGGUGAUGAUGCUCAGGAAACGAAAGUUUUACUGGAAAAGCAUAGAAAAUUUGUUGAUGUUGCACAGAGCACUUAUGACUAUGGAAGACAGUUGCUACAGGCCACAGUUGUGUUGUGUCAGUCUCUGCGCUGCACAUCUCGGUCAUCUGGAGACACACUUCCUCGACUGAACAGAGUAUGGAAACAAUUUACAAUAGCAUCUGAAGAGAGAGUGCAUAGGCUGGAAAUGGCUAUUGCAUUUCACUCAAAUGCUGAAAAGAUUUUGCAAGACUGUCCAGAAGAGCCUGAAGCUAUUAAUGAUGAGGAGCAAUUUGAUGAAAUUGAAGCGGUUGGGAAAUCACUUUUGGAUAGAUUAACUGUUCCUGUAGUUUAUCCUGAUGGAACUGAACAAUAUUUUGGGAGUCCAAGUGACAUGGCUUCCACUGCAGAACACAUCAGAGACAGGAUGAAACUGGUUAGUCUCAAAAGGCAGCAGCUGAGACAUCCCGAAAUGAUGACCACAGAGAGCUAAUAGCUACCAGCUUCCCACAAAUCUGCAGUUCAUAAUCCCCCCUGCAUGUCGUUGGCAUACUACAGCAUUAGCCGCAAUACAUUAAGAUACAUUUCACAGCCAGGAUAAGCCUCAUUUUUUUCCAUUUUACAUUUCUUUCCACAUGUUAACACCUUGCAACUACCAAGGCAUCAUUAUUUAACUUGCUUUGAGACCAUAGACUCCAAGUAUCUUAAAAGAAGGAACUGUAAACAUUGCACUGAAAACUUGCUUUAAAGCUUUACCUGACCUGUCAAUUUGUAGAUGAACAACUGAUAAUAAGCUUUGAAUGGUGCUAAUAAGAGUUUAGGAAUUCUCUAUAUAAAAAAUGGUUGACCUUCCUCCCCAGGUGAUGUGGUAAAUGUAGACUAUAGUUAAAUUGUUAUUAGUAGACAGUGGUGUACUCAAAAAAUUUACUUUGUAAUUCUUCAAAAUUGAUUAUUUUUAUUGUGUCAGUAUGAAGAAAACCUUCAGAUCUUUGAUAUAUUCAUUAAAAGACAUUUUCCUAUUUGUAUUGAUAAUGUAUUAAAAGUUGUUUGUGCUUAAUAAAAGGCUUCUUUUAAACAUCUUAUUUAAUAUGGUGGUUAUAUCCUAUUUCCAGACAUGAGUGCCUUAUUUCAAAGGGCAUUCUUAGGAUUGUGAGGAUGGUUUAAUAUUUGUUUUUUCAUGUUGGUUGCAUGUGUUUUAGCCAGGAAAUUCAUAUGUAAGCAUGUGUAUGUAAUAAGCAUGUUUAAUUAUGAAAAAUAAUUGUGAAGAACAAUUUAGAUCUUAACUUAAAAAUAAUGGAAUACUAUUUCUAAUUGUUCUCUUCUUCAAGUUGAAAAAUAUCCAAAUUAUUAACUACCCUGAAGAUAUUUUGUCUUUGGGGAGGAGGGUUGGGGAAGAAGGCAUACAUAAUUACUUAAGUGUAAUCCUUUAUAUCAGAGGAAUCUUUCUGGAAUGAAAAUAGCAAAUAUUAAUAAAAUUUAAUUUCUCAUGAUAGACUAGAAGCAAAAUUCUGAAGCAGUCUAAUAAAA